AUGCACCUCCAUGGGCGGCUCGGCUGCGAGCACGCGUACCCCGACGAGCUAAAGGACCUCACGCCGCUCGAGGAGAAGCUCAUCUCGCUCAACUCGUGCUACGGCUUCGUGACGAAGUAUAGCAUCCCCGGCGGCCAGAGGCAGAGCGUGAGGGCCUGGCUGCAGGUGCUCCCGCACCCGCUGGUCCGGGUCAUGGACGAGAUCCACGUCUCGUGCCAGGGCGCUGAGAGGCCCGGGCCGCGGGACCUAUCAGGCCUGCUGUCGGAGAACAACCCGCUCUACGGCGAGGUCGAGAUCGACGCGGCGGAGAUAGCCAGCUGGGGCGCCGCCGCACGGACCCCGCCGAGGAGCCGCGACGUCGGGCUCACGUGCGAGGACGACGACAGGGACGGCGCUAGGCCCGAAGAGGACGGGGACGUAAUCAAUGAGGUAACGUCUUCCGGCAUGUUCCCGUUAGAUGGGGCGCCAGAUGUGGCCGACGCCGAGAAGAUUCGCUUCGCCCGCGACGCGGUCGGGCCCGAGGCGCGCCAGCCCGAGGACGUGGGUAGGGACGGCGGCCAGAGGGCGGCGGGCGACGGCGGCGACGGCGAGCCGUACAUACAGGUGCGACGCGGCGAGGAUUUCGCCGACUCGGCGGACGCCUCCUUCUUUGCAAAGGCUUUUCCGACCCUGUUCCCUUUGGGCGCCCAGGCGGAGCGGGUUGCAGAGGGCCUUAUGUCGACGCGGAACAUGAAGCUCCAGGCAUGGGCCGACGUCGUGCUGCGGCGUCACGGCGGCCGGUUCGCGACGCACCCUAUCUUCGCCUUCCUUGUCUUUAACAUGGGCGUGCGGUCUAAGAACCGCCAGGCCAGCAUGCUAGGCGCCGAGCUCGAGGCCACAGGUAAGACUAGCGACGACGGGGUAAAGCUCCUCCGGUCCCUCUCCGUGUUCGGCUACCGGCAGCCAAUGUCGAGGGAGAGCCGCCUUAGUAUGCGGAAGAAGAUACUAUCCCUCAUCGUUAGUAAAGUUACGGCUAGCGGCGCACCGCGGCCGCGACCCCGCGAGGCCGAGGCCUUCCUAAGUGACCUAGGGACCGCGUAUAAGCGGACGCGGCUGGCCAUAUCGGACCCGAUGAGCUCGGCCGUCUUCUUCCACCGGGAGAUGACGCUCUUCUUCGAGCACUACGUCAACGUCGGGGAGGAGUCGGUGUUCGGCCACGUCGGCGCAUACUACGGGGCGGUAGAGACCAACGAGCGAGGCGCCCUCCACAUCCACGGGCUCCUCUGGCUAAGGGCAACGCGGGCAUUGGCGACGCGCUCGCCGGCCCGGACGCGGAGGAGCAGGCGGCGUACCGGGCGCAUCGUCCGCUACGUAGAUAGCGUCUUCUCUGAGGAGCUAGACGCAGAAGGUUACUGUGCCAUGCAGGCAGAGCGGUCGGCCACGGCGGACAUAUCGUCGCGGCUCGACGACGUCGCGCGCUUCACGGACACCUUCGACGAGGAGGCCAACUUCUGCGCGGGCGCGACGCAGAUCCAUACGCAUAGCGCGACCUGCGCGCCGUGGAGGUUGGUGGAGAGGACGGCGCUGACGGCGGACGGGGUGCUCGAGAUCCGGCGGACGCAUAGCAUGGUGAACCGGUGGAACAGGGCGAUGGCAGUGGGGCUACGACACAACCACGACAUCUCGUUCAUCGCGACGCAGCGCAAGACCAUGGCCCUAAUCUACUAUAUUACUAACUAUGCGACGAAGGUAGAGGACCCGGUGUGGAAGCGUGUGGCCGCCGCGGCCGAGUUCCUUCCUGUGCUAGAGCCGACGGGAGAGGGCAACAGAAGUGGCGCCGACCGCGACGGGAAUAAGACGAGAACGUUCCUGCUUAAGGCGGCGAAUCGAGUCUUUACGGAGCGGCCGCUGUCGCAGGUCGAGGUGAUCGCGCACCUCCUAGGGUACCCGGCGGAGUUUAGCAGCGGCUCAGCGUGGGCGUAUAUAAACGCAAACCAGCUCUACUGGGCCGUCUUCCGCCGGUGGCGGCACCUCCGACGGGCGAGCGGCGCCGAGGCGACGGGCGACGCGCCGGACGAGACGGCGCUUAGGCGGCCGGGUUGCGGGGCGACUGUAUGCGUCGACGGAUACCUCAGCAAGGAGUUCAGCGAGGAAGACGACGAGUCGUGCCACCGGAGGGCGGCGGUGCAGCACCUGGCCCUAUUCGUGCCGUGGGAGUCCUCGGCGAGGAGGCAGGCGACAUUAACAACAUCUGGGCACGGGCGCGGACUCCUCCGGCGGUCGGCGGAGGACGCGAAGCGCGACGCCAAGCAGUGGGCCGCCACGGCCGAGGAGGGCGGUAUGACGGCGCCGCAGGCCGACGACGAAGGCAGGGGCGGCCGAAGGGGCGAGGAGGCAUACCGCGCCGGCGGGGCGGGCGACGCGGCUCGGCUCAUCGACGUCGUCCGGAACGCCGCCAGCGCGGGACAAGUCACGGCGCAGUCAACAGAGCUGCUAGCGAUGACGCAGCAGCUCUGCCGGUUCCAGCAGUCGGCGCUCGGGUCGGCGGCCGAGCUCGCGGCGACGGUGGUGGCGGACGAGAGGGCAGGCAGGCGGGUGAACCUACCGGGCUCGGCGCUGUCGGGGGCGGCACUGCCGCGGCAAGAAGAGGUGCGGGCCAUCAAGUCGCAGCAGAGGAGCGCGGCGCGGGGCGGAGCGGGCGAUCCAGGGCAUCCAGGGCGGCGGGGCGGCGGCGGGCGUCGGGGCCGACGCGGCGCGGCCCUUCGCGGGGUGAUGGGGGGCUUCGGCGAGGACGACAUCGACGUAACGGCGGCCGACGGCGACGCAGACGCAGGCACGGCGGCGGGGCUCACGCUCAACGAGAAGCAGGCCAUCGCCCUCCUAAUCGUGUGCCGGCAACUCGACCGAAUCCGGCAGGGCGACGACGCAGGCGGCGACGGUGGUGGCCAGCUCUGCCUAUUCAUCGGCGGCGAGGGCGGCACCGGCAAGUCGCGCGUCAUCGAGGCGCUCGUCGAGCUGCUCGCCCGGAGGACCUAUCGAGCCGGGGCGGCCGGGCGGGAGGGCGACGAGGACAUUGACGGCGUACGGCUGGCGGGCCAGGGCGAGCGCUUCGUCGACGGCCGGUCGCGGAUGGACUGGCAGGAGAAGGAGGUGCUGGUGAUCGACGAGGUCAGCAUGCUCGGGGCGCGGACGCUGCACGCCGCCAACGAGCAGCUCUGCCGGCUGCGGGGGUCGGCGCGGGACUUCGGCGGCAUCCCGGUAGUGAUCCUCUGCGGCGACUUCCACCAGUUCCGGCCGGUGCAGGAACGGUCGAUCCUGCUGCCGAGCGCGGCGGUGGCGUGGGACGAGGACGGGGCGUUCGCGGCCGAGCAGCGGCGGCAGCACGACAAGGCGCACGCGCUGUGGCGGCGCUUCACGACGGUCGUCAUGCUGACGAGCAGAUGCGGGCCGCCGGCGACCCGGAGCUGCGGCGGCUGCUCGGGCGGAUCCGCCGGGGCGAGCAGGACCGGCCAGGGCGACGACAGCGCGACGCCGGUGCCGGCCGUCUUCCUCUUCGUGCCAGGCAUGCCGGUCGUCGUGAACCAGAACACGCACCAGGGGCUAAAGCUUGUGAACGGGGCCGGGUACACGGCGGUGGACGUCAUCCCCGACCGCGCCUUCCCCGGCCACCGCGUCUCGGCGGAGCUCAUCAUGCACUUCGGGCCGCCGGCGGGCAUCGUGCUGGCCUCGGAGACGACCAAGGACUUCCACUUCGUCGGGAUGCCUGCCGGGACGAUCCUGCUAACGCCCAUCAGCGUCAAGAUCACAGCGCAGCGGAAGCGGCCAUGGCAGCGCAACGACGUCAGCCGGAGGGGCCUGCCGUGCGCCGCGGCCUUCGCCUGCACCGACUAUAAGGUGCAGGGCGGGACGCUAGAGCGCGUGGCGCUGGAGCUGCGGGGGGCGAGGAUGACGACGGUCGAGGGGGGGCGUGGGAACCGGGUGCCUGAGGAGAUGACGGCAGCGCAGGCCCGGCUAGAGGAGCUUAGCAGGCAGACAACACAGGAGGCGGCCGACUGGCUCCGCAGGUAA